GUGUUCACGAGUCACUACUGUAAACAGUAGCAGGAUUAACAAGUAAAAGUAGGGCUGCUAUGACUAACCGACAUGUGUGGAGCUGCUGGGAGGAUAAAGGAAACGUUUGGGGCUUCAGGAUGGUGGAACCGGUAGGGUUUGCGGAGGCAUGGAGAGCCCAGUUCCCUGAGUCUGCCCCCCCUAAGAUGGAUCUGAACACGUUAGGGGACAUUGAACAGGAGCUGGACAAAUGCAAAUCCUCUAUCCGGCUGCUGGAGAAACAAGUCAACAAAGAGCGUUUUCGGAUGAUCUACCUGCAGACUCUUCUCGCUAAAGAGAAAAAAUCCUAUGAUGGGCAGAGAUGGGGGUUUAAAAAGAUACCACAGAUGAAUGACCAAGAUAUGCCCAGUGGGUCAGAAGACAGGAGGGCACAGACUAAUGAGGCACAGGUAGAUGAGCAGGAGCAAAAGCAGAGGGGCUUCUGCAGGAAUCCAAGGAACACUGGACACCCAGAGGAAAUAGUAGAUGAUCUGUCUUCGACAAAACCUAAAGAAAGUGUGUCCCCUGCUCGCCAUGACUCUGAGCCUCCUGCUUUCCCAGUGGGAACAGGAUCUGUUGCAGCUCUGAGGUCCAACUUUGAGCGCAUCAGGAGAGCUAACUCCCAACCAGCAGGGGAAAACAGGGGGUUAUCAGUGAUGGGAAGCCAGGAGAAACCCUUCUACGUGAACAUGGAGUACCAUCAUGAACGAGGGCUGGUCAGGGUAAACGAUAAGGAGGUCUCGGAUAAGAUCAGCACCUUGGGUUGUCAGGCCAUGCAGAUAGAGCGAAAGAGGUCCAUGCAUUCUUUACCAGGAAACCUAUCGGCUGUUGCAGGGGAAAUUUGCAAGCCAGUUCAGAGAGGUAGAUCCACUGAAGGGCCCUGCAACUUCAGCUGGUCACCUGACGAUCCUGAGGUCAUCAAAAACUUCCUAAAAGACAGGUCUGCUGAGGGGAAGUCAGAGAGGCAGACAGUAGAGUACCAGCCUUACACCAGUUUGUACAUUGGCGGACUGAUGGGUGAAGGCGACACUCGAGUGAUCCACAUCAGGGACGGCAGCUUAGAAGAGGAUCCCCACCUCACUUGGCCGAGGCGCUCCUACUCUCCAGGGAGCUUUGAUGAUGUUGGCGGUGGCUACACACCAGACUGCAGCUCUAAUGAAAACCUGACAUCCAGUGAGGAGGACUUCUCCUCAGGCCAGUCCAGCCAUGUGUCUCCCAGCCCUUCUACCUAUCCUAUGUUUAGGGAGAAAAGCCGCUCUCCCUCCCAGCACUCCCAGCUAUCCAUCGACAGCAGCAGCCCACCCACACCUCUGCCACAGAAAUGUCUGAAGCAGCAGGGCGCCCCCUCAAUCAUCGGUGUCCGUAAAAGGGGCCAGAUGUGGCCCGGUGAUGGAGACUCCACCACAUCCAGCAGGACCUUCCAUGACAACAGUGUGCUUCGAGAUUUGGAUGCUCCCCAUAUCGAAAACCCUCCAUCAUAUGGCUAUGACCUGGAGCAUUCAGAGGAGAACCAGCCUGACUGUGGGGCUCUGUCGUUGACCGGGUCUCCUUCCUCCUCUCCACAGCUCCACUCCAAGAACAGGAACAGCAGAUUGAUGCAUUCUUCAGGUUCUCUCGAUUCCACACAGUCGGUGGAGCUGGAACAGGAAAAGAGGCAGGAGAUGAGGAAAUGGGUUCUGUCUGGGAUCCUGGCCAGUGAGGAAACCUACCUCAACCACCUGGAAGCCCUGCUGAUUCCUAUGAAGCCUCUAAAGGCUGCAGCCACUACUUCCCAGCCGAUGCUGACCAUCCAGCAGAUAGAGACAAUCUUCUUCAAAGUUCCAGAGCUCCAUCAGAUCCACAAGGAUUUCUACAAUGCUCUGCUGCCCCGAGUCCAAGACUGGAGCUACCAGCAGUGUGUAGGCGACCUCUUCCAAAAGCUGGCCAGCGAGCUUGGAGUGUAUCGGGCUUUCGUAGACAACUAUAAGGUUGCUGUGGAGACGGCAGACAAGUGCUGCCAGGCCAACUCUCAGUUUGCACAGAUAUCUGAGAAUCUCAAAGUAAAAAGCACAAAGGAAUGCAAAGAACAGUCAGCUAAAAAUUCUCUGGAAACUCUACUCUAUAAGCCUGUGGAUAGGGUGACACGCAGCACCCUAGUCCUUCAUGACCUUCUGAAGCACACACCCUCCAGCCAUCCAGACUUUCCAUUGUUGCAGGACGCCCUGCGAAUCUCCCAGAACUUUUUGUCCAGCAUUAAUGAAGAGAUCACACCACGCAGACAGUCAAUGACUGUUAAAAAGGGAGAGAACCGACAGCUGCUGAGGGAUCGCUUCAUGGUGGAGCUGGUUGAAGGUUCCAGGAAACUGCGUCAUGUCUUCCUCUUCACAGACCUGCUGCUCUGCACCAAACUAAAGAAACAGGCUGCAGGAAAAGGGCAACAGUAUGACUGCAAAUGGUACAUCCCACUGGCUGACGUGACCUUCCAAACCAUUGAUGACUGCGAGUCCUGUCCCAUCCCUCUGGUCCAGGAGGAGGAAAUUGAUGCGAUGAAGAUAAAGAUAUCCCAAAUCAAGAAUGAAAUUCAGAGAGAAAAGAGGACCACCAAAGGAGCUAAGAUGAUAGAGCGACUGAAGAAGAAGUUGUCUGAACAAGAAUCACUUCUGCUCCUCAUGUCCCCAAACAUAGCAUUCCGAGUGGCCAACAGAAAUGGCAAAGGAUUCACAUUUUUAAUCUCCUCUGAUUAUGAGCGAGCAGAGUGGAGAGAGAUCGUGCGAGAGCAGCAGAAGAAGUGCUUUAAGAGCUUCUCUUUGACCUCUCUGGAGCUGCAGAUGCUCACAAACUCAUGUGUGAAACUCCAAACUGUUCACUCUAUUCCAAUGACAAUGAAUAAGGAAGACGAAGAAUCCUCUGGUUUAUAUGGCUUCCUGAAUGUCAUCGUCCACUCUGCAUCAGGACUCAAGCAAAGCUUAAAUCUUUACUGCUCCCUGGAGGUGGACUCCUACGGCUACUUUGUCAACAAAGCCAAGACACGUGUGUACAGGGACUCCACAGUGCCCAGCUGGAAUGAGGAGUUUGAGAUCGAGCUGGAGGGCUCUCAGACUCUAAGGCUGCUGUGCUACGAGAAGUGCUGCCCCAAAACCAAACAGAGCAAAGAGGAGGGAGAGAUUACAGAUAAGAUUGUGGCCAAAGGACAAAUUAAGCUGGAUCCUCAAACUCUACAGAAUAAAGAUUGGCAGAGAAUAGUCAUUGCCAUGAACGGGAUUGAGGUGAAGCUGUCAAUGAAAUUUACCAGCAGGGAGUUCAGCUUAAAGCGAAUGCCUUCACGGAAGCAGUCUGGUGUCUUUGGAGUAAAAAUUCAAGUUGUCACAAAGCGGGAACGCUCCAAAGUUCCACUAAUUGUUCGGCAGUGUGUGGAGGAGAUUGAGAGACGUGGGAUGGAUGAAGUGGGGAUCUACAGAGUGUCUGGUGUUGCCACUGACAUCCAGGCCUUAAAGGCUGCUUUUGACUCGAACAAUAGGGAUGUAUCGGUUAUGAUGAGGGAGAUGGACGUAAAUGCAAUUGCUGGAACUCUGAAGCUGUAUUUCCGUGAGCUGCCAGAGCCUCUCUUCACCGAUGAGUUAUAUCCAAACUUUGCUGGAGGCAUCGCUCUCUCUGACAGUGUGGCAAAGGAGAGCUGCAUGCUCAACCUGCUGCUAUCUCUGCCAGAGCCAAACCUGGUGACUUUUCUCUUUCUACUAGACCACUUAAAAAGGGUGACUGAAAAUGAGAGUGUCAACAAAAUGUCUUUGCACAACUUGGCCACUGUUUUUGGACCCACUUUGCUUCGACCUUCUGAAAAAGACAGCAAAAUCCCAUCGAGUUCCCAACCCAUCUCCAUGAAUGACUGCUGGUCCCUUGAGGUUAUGGCUCAGGUCGAAGUCCUUCUCUACUUCCUCCAGUUGGAGAGCAUUCCAGCCCCUGACAGCAAGCGACAAAGUCUCCUGUUUUCCACGGAAGUAUGACAGGAACUGGAAGGAACUUCCCUAUAAUGAUCUACAGAAGGAGUAUCAGCCUGUUUUGUGCAGCCUUGCAUUUACUUUUGUUAGCCAGCAGGAGGCACCACUACCCUCUAGAAAACUGGAAGACACGAUUAUCAAACAUGCUCUGUUUACGUCAUUCUGCUGUGUCAGUAAAAGACUUCCCUGAAGAUUUAUAAGUGAAAUAUAUAAUUCCAUUUUUAUUCAAUUUAGCUAAGGAAGAACUAUUUACAGUUCUUUGUUGUAUUCCCUCACACUGUUUUAUGCAGUUUAUCUCCAAAUUUACACUGGAGUUUUGUUUAUAUGUCUGAAAUUUAUCUGAUUUAUCUGUUGCUGUGGAUGGUUGGAUCAAGAUAGAUUUUCCCAAACCUCCCUCCAAAAACAGUCUAAAUUCACCUGUGCCAAUGUUUCCCAGAUAAUGACCAAUAGAGCUAGAGCUUUUCUUUUCCUCAUUUGUUUACACGUUUUAAAUUGUAUAAGAACUACAACUCUAGUCAGCACAUGUUAACAUGCAGGCAUGUUGAAUUAACCAGUGGAGGUUUUGUUUUGUUUAAAACUAUCGUUUUCCUGCUCUGUUUUUCAGUGCUCAGAUGAGCUACAGUAUCAUUUUACUGGUACAUAGAGUUUUAAGGCGAAUCAUUCCAGGAAAUCUACCCAAAGUCAGCCUAACAUAGAAUGUGUACCAUGCUUUGUAUAGUUUUGAUUACAUGUCUCUCUUUUUGUCCACAGUCCAUAACAGUGUUCACUUUCUCAGAUUUUAUCUAAAAAAUGUAUUCAGCUAAAAUUCUUAUAUUGCUUUGUGCAUUCCUUCGUAGUCUGCCACAGCUGUAGAAAUAAGAGCACUAUCUGCAAACACUAAAUAUUUAUCUGUAGGACAAUCGAAAUCCAGCAGUUCCCUCAAACCACCCUAGCAAUGUUGGGGAUUGUGUACACCCUGUGCUUGCAGGUUUUAUUCCAGCUCUUUACAAAUAGUAAAAACAAAAACUGUAACCUUAAAAGUUCAUGAUUCAAGUCAAGCAAUGAUUCUUAGUGAUGCUUAUAGAUUUCUAUUGUAAAGUAUGUUUGAUUUAUGUAAAUAAAAACUUCUAAAUUUUAUUUUUA